UUAAAUUUAUUUUUUUACAAGUCCAAAAAUCCAAACCCGUAGAAGUGGCCGACAUUGACAAAACGGGUAAAACUAAAUUCAGCUACCCCUUUCGUUCUGACGGUCUCAGACCACUUCUCUCUCGAUCUCAUAGGUUUCGUUGGCAGGCAGAACUGUGUAUAAUCGAAGAUCGUGAAAUUAGGGUUCCGAUAUGACGACCGCAGCAAGACCUACUUGGGCUCCUGCAAAGGGUGGGAACGAACAAGGCGGGACGCGGAUAUUCGGCCCAUCUCAGAAGUAUUCUUCAAGGGAUAUCGCCUCUCAUACGACAUUAAAACCGAGAAAAGAAGGGCAAGAUACUCAUGAUGAGCUGCAGAGAAGGAAUCUUAGGGAUGAACUUGAGGAGCGCGAGAGGAGGCAUUUCUUAUCAAAGGAGGAAAGGAAUCGUCGGAAGGAAGGUCAUCUUCUGUUGGAAGGACCUAGGAGAGAUGUUGAAGAUCGAAUUGUUCCUCGAAGUGUAGAUGCUGAUGAUGCUGAUGUGGAUGCUCCUAGUGAUGAUAGUGAUGAGGACGACGACGAUGAUGAUGAUGGUGAUGAUGAGGAAGCACUCUUGGCAGAACUUGAGCGCUUAAGGAAAGAAAAGGCAGAGCAGAAAGAACGCGAGGAACGACAAAGGCAGGAAGAAGAGCUGAAAGCUAAAGAAGAGCAGUUGCUGCUUGGAAAUCCUCUGCUGAAUAAUCCCACUAGCUUUAGCGUGAAGAGAAGAUGGGAUGAUGAUGUGGUUUUCAAGAACCAAGCUCGUGGAGAGGCUAAAGCGCCCAAGCGUUUCAUCAAUGAUACCAUCAGGAAUGAUUUCCACCGAAAGUUCCUCCAGAAGUACAUGAAGUAAUGUCUUUACAUAUAUUAGCCAAAAAACAUGUGUGGUAUGAACAAGACUUUUACAAGAGCCAUAGGUCCUUCGAUACAUUCUGUCCUCUGUGUGGUUUAAACUUGUUUUAAUUGGAACUGAUUCCUGUACUGCAUGCAUUAGACUUGCUUGGCAAAUUUGUUGAAAAAUUAUCACAAUCGGUGGACAAGUUUCUUGAGUAAGUUGCAUAUGUCUUUGGAAUGUU